AUUAUUAGGGUUGGACCGGACGUACGGUUAAACGAUAUUCCAGCUGUCAUUUUAACACUUCCGGAUGCCUUUUACCGGCUAAAAGACUUGUUGUUUAAAUCUGUCCGCGCAUUCUGUGAUCAAGCGGUGAAAUGUUCAGUAUUUUUGUUUAUUGUAUCUGUAAAUCUUAGCACAUGUCGUUCAGUCACUCGCUGACAGAUACUUCCGCAUGAGAUAUGAUGGCAUUAUCGAUUAAAGCUAAGAUUGUUAGUUUCAUUAUUUCAUGUCAGGUAGGCUAAUUGAUUUAUCAUAACAAAAACUAUACUCAUCACACAGAAAAGGCAAUGUCUGGAUCAAAAACAAACAAGAUACAAGGACAGACUUUUACUAUAGACGAUGCUGUAAAUAAGAACACCUGGACUAAGAACACUGUGAUCUCAGUAAUGCUAUUCAGUGAGUUAUUUACUACAGAGACCAUAUGCUACGCUCUCUUCAGUCUAGUGAAGAAGCACCAUAUGGCCCAGGCGUCUCGUUUAGUACGCUCACAAUCCGAUUAACCUGUUGAAUAAACCAGUCGGUCUCUUUUCUACUAUUCGUGUUAUUUCCUCUUUGAAGUUAAUAGAUAGGCGGACUCUGUAAUCGCGAUUUAUAUUAACAGACGGAGAGUUGAUAGACUCUAUGCUAUGAUCGCGUGCGAUGGCUAGAAGACUCGAGCUUGGAUGAAGCAGAACUUCGGUGCCAUGGAGGAUGCUCAGUCCAGACCCCACUCAGAGCCCUCCUCUCACUCUCAGAGGACUGAGGAUGCAGCCUGCGGCUUGGGAAAUCAUGCUGAACAGCAUCACCUUACUGUCAGUCAGACAGUCCUGGUGGUUCCAAAGCGCUCCGAGAGCCCAAGUCUGACUGAAGAGACGAUUUAUGUCCCUCGACUGGUGUCUUCAGUUGAUGCUUAUACAAACACAGACCCUCCGUACAAAUGCUGCCCAUGGCUGCGCAGACUAUGUCCGUGUCCACCCAGAGGCCUGCUAGCUACCAUUAUCACCAAAGUGUCCAUGGCUGCAGUGCUCUUUGGGGUUGUGUGGUCCAUUACAGAGAAGGAAUGUCUUCCUGGCGGAAACCUUUUUGGCAUCGUGACCCUGUUUAUUUGUUCUGUAGCCGGGGGAAAGCUGUUUGGAUGCAUACGCUUUCCAAAUGUGCCACCUUUACCUCCACUACUUGGCAUGCUGCUGGCAGGGUUCAUCCUCAGAAACAUCCCUGUGGUGACAGAUGCGGUUUACAUUGAUGUUAGAUGGUCUGCUUCUCUGAGGAACAUCGCACUGGGUGUUAUUCUGGUCAAGGCUGGGCUGGAAUUAGAUGGCAAGGCUCUGAAGAAGCUGAAAGCUGUGUGUCUGCGUUUGUCCAUGUGCCCUCUCACUUUCGAGGCAACCACUAUGGCUGUGAUCGCCUAUUUAAUACUGGGUCUUCCAUGGGUCUGGGGCUUUAUUUUAGGGUUUGUUCUUGGGGCCGUUUCUCCAGCUGUUGUGGUUCCGUCAAUGCUGCUUCUGCAUAAGGAAGGAUACGGUUUAGAGCAGGGUAUACCUACUCUUCUCAUGGCAGCAUGCAGCGUUGAUGACAUCAUCGCCAUUACCUGCUUCACCACCUGCUUGGGUAUAGCCUUUUCUACAGGCAGCGUGUGGUUAAAUGUGCUGAGGGGACCGCUGGAGGUAUUAGGUGGCGCGGCCGCUGGUGUGGCUUUAGGGUACUUUCUACGUUACUUCCCCAGCAGAGACCAGGGAAAUCUCGUGCUGAAGCGUUCCUUCCUGUUGUUGGGGCUGGCCGUGUUUGCUUUGUUUGGCUGUAACGUGGCUGGGAUUCCUGGCGCAGGAGGUCUCUGUGCGCUGGUGCUGACGUUUGUGGCUGGAAUAGGCUGGGGGAAAGCUAAGGCUCCAGUGGAAGCGGUGGUGGAGAGGUUUUGGCACGUGUUCCAGCCCCUUCUCUUUGGUCUCAUCGGUGCGGAGGUUAUCGUUACAUCUUUGGAGGUCACGACUGUGUUUCUGGGUAUAGCAGCCCUGUUCAUCGCACUCACGGUACGCCUGCUUAUCACUUUUGUUGUGGUACUGCGAGCCGGCUUUAACCUGAAAGAGAAAGUCUUCAUCGCUCUAGCCUGGAUGCCUAAAGCAACAGUACAGGCUGCGAUAGGCUCUACAGCUCUGGACAUGGCGCGCUCCAAGAAUGACCUUGAGCUGCAGAAGUACGGCAUGGACGUCCUGACUGUGGCGGUGCUGUCCAUUCUCAUCACUGCUCCUAUUGGAGCGCUCCUCAUCAGUCUGCUCGGUCCUCGACUCCUGCGGAAACCAAAGAACCCUGAGUGGGCUGUCAGUCAAGGCGCUUUAUCUGCAUCAGAGACCCCGAUGACAUUCGAGAGUGCCCUGUGAUGUGUCUGGAAUGCAUCUGGGAAGUGACAACCCGACAUCCAAGGCUGCUGGUUAUCCUUUUGGUUUUCAAACUGGAUUCUCGAACUCAUUGCUGCGAGCCACUGAAGUCAGACUGCAAAAGUGGGAGAUGCUUUUCAAAUGAAGGAGCCCAACUCUCAUUUUUUACCUUCCAAGGUGGAUGAACACUAUUAUUUUUUUCUAACUGGCUUAUGUUUGGGUUGAUAGUAUUUCUUGGAUAAGAUAUAUAUAUUACAGAUGAGUCUGCAGUAGUCGUGUAGUGGUCAGUGCUGUCAUGACUAUGUUCGUAAUGGAAUACUAGCUUACUACUUACUGAGCACUGUUCAGCGUAUACUGUAUACAGCCUUCUAUAUUUUUAUAUUUAUAUGCACAGCUUGUCUUAUAAUAUGUCAACGUCCUCUGCCUUUAGAAAAACUAUAUAUGUAUUUUAUGAUUAUGAUUCCUUAUAUAAUGUGUAAAUACAUUCUUAAAGUAUACAGAUAUUAGGCUUACACUGUAAGUGGCAUGAACUAAAAAGACAACGAUAUCAUUAUGCUAUUAUGACAUCAUAAUACCUGAUGCUGAUUCAUCUAAAUAAAAAAAAACAUUUAACAUUCUAAACAAAUAGUGAGGCUAGAAAAAGAGGUUUCUUUUGACUCACAUCAGCAUGGAACUGGAAGGUCAAGUUGAGUAUGUUACAGGAUAAGAGUAUUUCAUUUUGGCAAAUGUAGUUUAUCCCAGUAUUCUACAUACUGCAGUAAUAGUAGGACAAGUAUGUGUAGUAACUAUUCCGAACACAGUCAUGGAUCUGCAUUCUGAGAUUGAUCAGUGUUUUUGCAGGGAUCUUGUCAGCCUUGUUACACAUGCAGUCAAAUACUGCUGUAAAAAUGGUUACAUUCUGUGUUUACAGUGGAUUUUUUAUUUUAUUUAUUAGUAUGACAGUAUGAUUAGUAGAAUGACAGCCUAGAUUUACCUCGCCAUUGCACAGUUUGUCAUGUUACUUUCCAUGAACCGUAUUUAUUAUUAUUUUUUUCCUUAUGAUCGUUUUCAUGAAAUGUGUAUUUGAAUGUUCUAUAGAAUCAUGGGAAAGGUAAUUGGUGAUAUAACUUAUUUUGUGAAUAGUAUUAGUGGUUUAUGUUUACUGCUUGAAAUUUACAAGGUUUUGUGUUGUGAUGUGUUACAGUAGUUGUAAUGAUUCAUGCAGUAACUGUUAAUAUAAGCAAUUAAAUGACUAUUCUUAAGAACUUGA